AUAAACCCUAAACAUAUCUUCCUCUUUUUGUUCCUUCCACUCUAGAAUCUCAGCUAUCUUCUUCCAUUUUUGUGUACUCUCACUCUCUCAGAGGUCUCAACCUCGAUAAAACUAUCCCUCACUUUCUGUACGGUCACUGUUAAUGGCAUUCUGCAAAUGGGUACCGUCUGAAUAAUUUUAGUCUCUUAUUUUUCCAUCCCUAGUGACUAAUCUGCUCUAUUGGGUCUGUAUUGGGGAAUCAUUGUCAGUAACUGAGUGGCUGGAAAGAGUAAAACCUUUCUUGGGUUGGUGAACCUGCCUUGUGGAACAAUAGGUGGAAUUCCAGAUUAUAUAUAUGGACUGGAAAUCAAGAGCAACUUCUUGGGAUUUGACUGAGUUUGCGCAAGAAGCAAUUCCAAGCGUAGAUGAGUCCGGUGGCUUUCAGAAUCAUGGGAUUGGAGGCGAUUUUUCGGUGGACUUGAAACUUGGUCAGGUGGGAAAUUCAAGCAACCAGUCAUCAACAAAUAAGUGGAAAGAGCUUAGAGUCUCAAAAAUGGCGUCUCUAAAUUCGGGAUCAGCGAAGAGGGCACGAGCAGGGACUAAUGGAACUCAGGCAGUGUCGUGCCUUGUGGACGGGUGUGCUGCAGACCUUAGUAAUUGCAGAGACUAUCAUAGGCGCCAUAAGGUCUGUGAACUCCACUCUAAGACUCCACAAGUUACAAUUGGUGGCCAUAAACAACGAUUCUGCCAACAGUGCAGUAGGUUUCAUUCGCUGGAAGAAUUCGAUGAAGAUAAGCGAAGCUGUAGAAAACGCUUAGAUGGUCACAACAGGAGGAGAAGGAAGCCUCAGCCAGAUCCCAUCACGCGUUCAGGUAGCAUUUUGUCCAAUUAUCAAGGUGCCUGUUUGCUGCCAUUAUCUAAUGCGACAUUUUAUCCCUCCUCCGCUAUGGUGAACCCAGGCUGGUCAGGGGUUGUAAAUGGUGAAGCUGUGGCUAGGCAUAAUAAUAGCUUGCAGCAGCAACUACACUUUGGGGACGAACAGAACCUAUUUAUUGAACCUUCAUCUUCCGGGGGCAGCUAUAAAGGAGGGAAGGAAUUUGCAUUCUUGCAAGCUACCUCUCCUGGAACUUCUUCUGUCCGCAGGCCACUUCUCAAGACCAUUGCUUUUCCACAAAGCGUUGGGGGAAGCCAUAUGAUGUUCUGUGACAGGUUAACAACACAAGUAGCCCGGGAUUCGGAUUGUGCUCUCUCUCUUCUGUCAUCAUCUCCACGGACGCAGACAUCCGGGACUAAUUUCAACAACAUGUUGCAUCCUAGUUCUAUUCUUCCAUCGCAUCAUCAGAUAGGGCAGAGAUUCAGCGAUCAUGGUUUAGAUUCCAUGGAUUCAGUGCUGGUUUCUAGCGGCACGGAUGCUAGCAUCCAUUCUACUGCUUCGAAUUAUCAAAUGGGGUCUGAUGAGAUAUCAGGAAACAAAGCUCCACAGACACUCCCCUUCUAUUGGGAAUAACUACUUCAUAACUUGCUGCUGCUGCAUAUUCACUUCAAGUUGUCUGAGAGAAAAAUGAUUCUGUCUUUAUUCAUGUUUGGGAAAAAUCAACUACUUCUCUUAUUUUGUUGUGACAAUGUAAUAUGUCUUGGGGUAAUGAGGAUUUGGCUUUUCUCAUUUUGAACAUUCUGUAGCGUUUAUUCUUCGUAAGCAGUUGUUCUGAAUCUUCUGAUUAUAGAAUAA